UGAUUUCCCUCUCAAACGCUCAUCGUCAUCCUCGAACAACCAGAAGAAGAAGAAAAAUGAUGGAUCCUCGAGCUUUUUUGUUGUGUUUCACUUUCAUCUCCAUUGCUUUCGCCAUCGCCGGAGCUCAGUCUCCCUCGAAUCCUCCCACCGCCACCCCUUCUCCUCCCACCACCUCCGCCCCUCCUCCCGCCUCUACUCCUCCCCCUGUUUCAUCUCCCCCUCCAGCAGCAACUCCCCCUCCAGCAGCAACUCCCCCUCCAGCUGCUACUCCUCCUCCAGCAUCCCCACCACCGGCGUCUCCACCUCCCGCAUCCCCACCACCAGCGACUCCACCUCCGGCUUCCCCACCACCGGCAUCUCCUCCUCCGGCCUCCCCACCACCGGCUUCUCCUCCUCCGGCAUCUCCUCCACCAGCAUCCCCUCCCCCAGCGACUCCACCGCCUGCACCAUUGGCAUCACCGCCAACGGCAGUGCCAGCUCCUGCACCGAGCAAGAAGAAGGUGAAGGCAGCAGCUCCGGGUCCGGCUCCAGUUUCGAGCCCGCCAGCGCCGUCAGUGGAGGCUCCAGGACCUGCAGGCCCUGAUCAAUCUCCUACCCCAUCUCAGAACGACAAUAGUGGAGUGGAGAAAGUUUGGAGAAAGGAGAGUAUGGUGGGGAGCAUAGUGAUUGGAAUGGGAUAUGUAUUUUUGAUGCUUUAGGGAGAAGAAAAUUAAAGGGUUUCCUUUUGCUGUCUCUAUGUGUUUGCCUCUUUUUUUUUUUCUUCAUUAUUUCCUUUCUUCUUGGGAUGGCUCUAUAUUUCAUUUCAUUUUGAUUAUUACUAUUAAUUAGCCCAUGUCUUGUUUGGGACUUUUGAUUUAUUAUUAUUAUUAGCCUUUUGGAGUACUCUCUCUCUCUCUCUCUCUAAUUACCCAUUUUGCUUGGGAUUCUUUUGAGGCAAAAAUAUCUUUGUAUCUACACUCUAUUUAAAGGGAACCUUCUUUUAUAUAUGUUUUCAAUUUCAUUAUUAUUUGUUCA